UGCUAAAAGUAAAAGAUAGUUGUCGGACUCGGACUGUAACCUCAAAUUUCAAGAUUAUUUUGUGUUCAAAGAAUUAUUUAUAUUUGAAUUAUAUAAUAGUGUUUAUAUGUGGACGUAUACAAUUUAUUAUUUAAGUAUGCAAUUCUGUACAGUAUAGAACGAAAGAGGCUCAAGGAGCAAAAGAAAAGAGUUGAGAUGAGAAUUGGUUGGAUUCACAAACUUGUGAACAAAUGGCCUGGAAAGAAAACGUUUGGAAUGUAUAGAUUUCUUCCCAUGUUCUUUGUACUGGGAGCAGCGUUGGAAUACUCUAUGAUCAACUGGAGGGUUGGCGAGGUAAAUUUUUACAAUACAUUUAAGAAGCGACAAGCAAAAGAUAUUGUUGAAGAUAAAAUAAGAAAGUAUUCUGCUAUAUAAAAUGCCUGCUGGUGUAACAUGGGGUCAAUAUAUAACAUUUUCAAUAACUGCCUUGUUAACUAUGUUGUCAGGCUCACAAAUUGUUCAUCUAUACUAUAAGCCUUUAGUAGACCUUAAUAAAUAUAUAAAUAAAGAGUUGGA